AAGGCAGUCAGGCUGGGGAUUAGAUCCAAUUCUCCUGCAGCCACUAAACUACUCCCCUAAAAACACCCACUGCAGUCAUGAAUAGGCCACAAAAUGGCCCCAGUCACUUUUACAAAUGAAAGGCAAACGGUGAGUAAAUCCUUAAAAGUCUUUUGUUUUUGCUAGGUGGGUGAUGAAAGGUGUGGGUGAUUUGGGGUUGUGUGGGGUUCGCAGGGUCUUUAUAGUCUAGUGACCCACCAGAGAUCCUUAUUUAUACAGCAGUAAUGUUGGAUUUGCAGUGACAUUUUUUUUAAUUUAUUUUUUUCGUUUUAUGAGAUGUGUAGGGGUAUGGGGGCCUGGGGAAAAGAAAUGGAAAAUAGGAUAGAUUUGGGAAAUGGGUUAAUAUAUAUAUAAAUAUAUAUUGUUUUCAUAUUUAGCUAUAUCUGCAGAUGUUUAACCCACACAAAUAGGGACUUUUUUUCGUUUGAGAAACGUAUAAUUUACAUUCAUUACAUUAAUAAAGAUAUAUAUAUAAAUAAAAACACAGACACACACAAACAAUCUCCUUUUCGUACCACAUCAGGCCUCCCUGGCAAACCGCAGCUUCUCCAUGUAUCUUGGAGAAUUAUUUACUUUUUAUUCAUUUUCCCCCAUUUUUAAUCGGAUUCCUUUUUACAUCAGUUAUUCGUUUUGUGAAUGCUUUUAAUGUUUACCAGUAUGAUCGAGGAUACAAACUAUAGUGAAUCGUAAACAAGCAAUACGGUCGGAUUGUGUGCGGUUUCCCUGCUAGCAACACGUUCCCUGUGUUAGAACGUUCGUUUUCUCGUUCGAUAAAUAUUGUGACAUUUUAUUUACAUAUUGUUACACCGCGUUCUACGGCCCUAGGUCGCCGACUGCAUACAUUGUAGGCGAUAUAUUGCUACAUUACGGCUACAAUUAAUAGCAUACACAAACACAGAAUUUAAACAGUAGAAAAUGCUUUAUAUUUGGUCAUUUAUGUGUUCAGCUAUUUCUGUAUAUUUAAUUACAAUAUACAUAUAAUUAAGUGGAAUUAGGAUGAAAUAUAAAACCGGAAUAUAUAUAUAUAUAUAUAUAUAUAUAUAUAUAUAUAUAUAUAUAUAUAUAUAUAUAAUAUUAUUAGUAUAUUAAUAUUAUAUUAAUAUAUUAUUAUCCCGAUGAUUUUGUCAUAUAAAGCGAGAGUGGGGGGAUAUUGUUGUCUCUCUCUCUCUCUCUCUCUCGCUAUCGAUAUUAUAUUAUUAUUAUUAUCAUUACUAGUAUAUUAUAGUUUAGGUGCUUUAUAUAACAUCUUCAGUCUUACAUUAUUUAGAGACUUGGAAUUUUUAAUUUUUUUAUAUUUUCAUUCUGCUUGUCUUUUGAACAAUAUAGUUUAUAUGUGUGUAUGUGUGUGUUUUAUUCUGACUGUAUAUAAUAAACACAUGCACACAGACACAUUGCUGACUGUCCUGCUGAGUGGUUAAUGUGGGAUGAGAUCUUAUUAGGUGUAUGGGGAGGUUAUUGCGAUAAGACACACAGGCUGUCUGUCUGUCUGUCUGUCUGCUGACUGCAAAGUCAUGGAGUCACACAUACAUUUUGAUCGGUUCGAUAACAUGAAUUGUUUAACCCCUUAAGGACACGACAUGAGUGACAUGUCAUGAUUCCCUUUUAUUCCAGAAGUUUGGUCCUUAAGGGGUUAAGGGUAUUUAUUUUCCCAUUGUUCACCAAAUGAAUUUCGUCACCGAAUUAACCAUUUCGAUACUGUAAUUGUGAUUAAUAAUCUAAUUCCUCCAGUAUUCGGAGAAUUUAUUUCCAUCCCUUAGACCUAAUUCUUUCUUUUAUGCCAGGAGUUUCAAUCUACCCUUGAAGAGUUCUUUAUAAAGAUAUUUUGAUAUGUCACUACGAAAUGAAUCACACACACACACACACACACACACACACACACACACACACACACACACACACACUCUCUCUCUCUCUCUCUCUCUCUCUCUCUCUUUUUUAUUUUAUUUACACAAGCAUUUUAAUCAUCCCCACCCUAUUAUGUCAGUUAAAUGCCAGUUGUCAAAAACAAAACAAAAAAACAAAAAACAAAACAAUUUCAAUGCAAUAUAUUUAUAUAUUGAUACAGUAACAAGAACUGUAAAUAUUAUCUUUUAUGAGGUAUGAUGUGUAUAUAUAUAAUAUCCCGAAUUAUUAUAGAUCCAUAGAUAGGUAUAAUUAAAAUAAAUUAGUAAUGUGUAUAAUAGCAAUAAUAAUAAUAUUGCUGCCAUGUUAUAUAAUAAUAACACUAAUUAUAAUAAGAAUAAUAUUACUGCAAUGUUGUAUACUAAUAAUAAUAAUAAUAUUACUGCCAUGUUGUAUAAUAAUAAUAAUAAUAAUAAUAAUAAUAAUAUCAUUGCCAUGUUGUAUAAUAAUAAUAAUAAUAAUAAUAAUAAUAAUAUUGCUGCCAUAUUGUAUAAUAAUAAUAAUAAUCCUGCCAUGUUGUAUAAUACAACUACUACUAAUAAUAAUAUAAUAUUGCUGCCAUGUAUAAUAAUAAUAAUAAUAAUAUUGCUGCCAUAUUGUAUAAUAAUAAUAAUAAUGCUGCCAUGUUGUAUAAUACUACUACUACUACUACUAAUAAUAAUAUAAUAUUGCUGCCAUGUAUACUACUACUAAUAUUAAUAGUAAUUAUUAUUAUUAUACAGCAUGGCAGCAGGGGUCCUGUCUUUGUGUGUGUCUGUUUGGCUUUUCCAAUGCUAUCCCCAUGCAGUUUGUGUUCACCCAGUAUAGGUCUGUGAGUGCCACUGGCUGUGUUAUUCGUUCCAUAUCAUUAUUUAUACCCCAGUGGGGCUCCUCUCGCUGAUAUGGAAAUCAGUCCCAGCUAAAUGGAGUGAUUAGAUUUACCUGAUAAUUGAGAUAGGUUUUAUCAGCAUGCCACAUUGCACAAUUCCCAGCACAACCCAGAGAUCUGUCAUUUCAGCAUAGUGAGGGUUAACUCUCUCUCUCUCUCUUUCUCCCUCCCCCCCCUCUCUCUCUCUCUCUCUCUCUAAGAAGGGUUAAUGCAUGUUACAUUGUAGCAGAAAUGCCUGAACUCCUGUCCUUCCUCUAUAAAUCUGGAAUCAGGAUUUUAACAAUGUGAGCGCUUUGUUUUUGUUUUCUAUUUUUCGAUUACUCACACUUUAAACAUUUUACAUUUCAACAUUAUCAAUAAAACACGAUAUCACUCAAACACACACAUUAAACAGACAGACAGUUAUGGGGUACAUCUUUAUACAUUUCUCUAUAGAAAUAUAGAGCACCAAAGGUUCAUGGGAGUUAAAGCCCCAAAAUGGAUUUCUGUUUUCUUAUUUGUUUUGCUUUUCUUAAAGCCCCCCAACAGGGGCAUAUCUGCACCUAGGGGUAUUAACCCCUUGCUUUGCAUGGGCAUGGUGUAUUGUGUGACAGCGCUGAUAGGGUUAAUCAGCUCCUAAGACCGAUUAUUCGGUGGCCAGACAUUCAGGUGCAGUUUUAGGUGGCUGAGCAUGAAGGGGGUUGGAAUCCGUGUUAAAUAUAUUGACACUAUUUAUAAAUGUUUCAUCGAUUCAUUAUGUUGUCUUAGUUAUUUUUCCAAAUGACAAACCGUAAUUCUUAAUGUAAGAGAUAGUUUGCAAAACAAAUAUUGUUUGUUAGACAAUGCCAAACACACAGAGACAGCUCAGGGUUAAUCCAUUUUAUGGUGAAUAGAUUAUAGUAAAUCAAAUAAUUCUAUAUAUAUGUGUGUGUGUAUGUGUGUGUGUGUAUGUGUUUGUGUGUGUAUGUAUAAAUUUUAUGGACGUAAGACAAUGUUAAAAAAAAUCUGCACACCAGUAGAAACACGUUUUAUGGCUUGACUGGUGUGCAGAUUUUUUUUAACAUUGUAUUAACUAUCCACAGACUUCAGGUGGAAGGGGUUUUCAAUCACAAUCCUCCCCCACCAUAACCUUUUUGGUUUUGCUUCCUAUAUAUAUAUAUAUAUAUAUAUAUAUAUAUAUAUAUAUAUAUAUAUAUAUAUAUAUAUAUAUAUAUAUAUAUAUAUAAUAUUAUGGGAGUAAAUAGCAGGCGUGCGUGAUUCUUUGUGUGUAGGAAAUUAAGGGAGGGGGUAAUAAAUAUAGAUCAGUUGCUUAGGUAAGUAAGGCUUUUUGUUAAUGGUUAUUGUUGCGGUAUAUAGAUGAUAUUUGUGAAGGGGUUAAUGGAUAUUGUUGAGGUAUAUAGAUUGUUGUAUAUUGAUGAUGUUUGUGGAGGGGGUUAAUAUAUAUUGUUAAGGUAUAUAGAUGUUUGUGGGGUUAAUAGAUAUUGUUAAGGUAUAUAGAUGUUCGUGGAGGGGUUAAUAGAUAUUGUUAAGGUAUAUAGAUGUUCGUGGAGGGGUUAAUAGAUAUUGUUAAGGUAUAUAGAUGUUCUUGGAGGGGUUAAUAGAUAUUGUUAAGGUAUAUAGAUGAUGUUUGUGUGGAGUUACUAGACAUUCAUUAGGUCUAUAUUUGAUGUUUGUGUAAUAUUUCUAGGUAUAGAGAUGCUAUAGACUGUAUAUUGUGUUUGGGGAGUUAUUGUGUGUGAUUCUGAAGGAGGAUAAAUCAGGGAGGUGUAGCAUGAUUUGUGGGGUACAUUGUUAGAUAUAAGGUGUGUAAUUUUAUUAUAGCUAUGUAUAGGGUGUGUAGGAUUGUGUCUAGCUUUAAUGGCCCCUGGGUAAACAUGGUAUGGAAUUUUCAAGUGAGCUCUAUUUCAGGUCUAGUGGAAACAUUGCCAAGGUAGGCUCUAGGUCCAUACAGAGUGAUCAGUGGUAAGGGAUCAUGUUGGCAUUGGAAAUGGCUGAUUGUUGUUUUUGGAGUUCAUUGUCUGAAGAGUUGCACUUGGUGAACAGUUCAAUCAGCUAUAAUGGUGUCUAGGGGUGGGUGUUUGUGGUCAAUGUAAGUGUUGCUAGAAUUUAAACAUUCUAUUUUCUCUUGGCAGGUAGUAAUCACUGGGAGGUGACAUUCCUGCCAGGAAUAUUGUCCUCUCCUGUCCCAGAAGAUGAUGGAGAGGUUGGGACCAGAAAUGGAUGAUGCUCAAGAGGUCGCAUCUCCCCACCAGGACACGACUGAGGCGGAGAGCACGCGUGGUGUGGAGCAGAGUGGGGGGAAUGAGGGGGCGGCGGCCCCCUGCUCCCCCCCCAGGGCUGUGCCAGUGAUUGAGCUGCUCAGGAGGGGGGAGGGAUCAGGGAAUAUAAAGGGCAGAGAGCAGGAGCUGAGACUGCAAAGUCUGAGGACCACCGAGCUGUGCAGAGCCCCCCUCACUCCAGCUACAGAGCUUUGCAGAGCCCCCCUGACACCAGCUACAGAACUUUGCAGAGCCCCUCUAACACCAGCCACAGAGCUUUGCAGAGCCCCCCUGACACCAGCUACAGAGCUCUGCAGAGCCACCCUGACUCCAGCGACAGAGCUCUGCAGAGCCCCUCUGUCAGUUGCAGGACCCCCUCUUACUGCCACCACCGAGCUGUGCAGACCUCCGCUCCCCUUACCAAUUCCUGGACCGCCAGCUGAACAAGCCCAAGAAGCCCGAAUGGUGCAGCUGAGCCCCCCAGCUUCCCUCCCCCUGCAGGCUGCAGGCAGGACCAUGCUGUAUGGCCUGAGUCAACCCCUGACUCCAGCAAACAGGUGGGUACCAUCUUUCUAUGAUCAGCUAUACUGCAGAUCAUCUCACAAUAUCUCAACUGCAGAUCAUCUCACAAUAUCUCAACUGCAGAACAUCUCAACUACAGAACAUCUCAGAGUAUCUCAGAAUAGCUCCUAUCCUCUAGGACAUCUCAAAUGCAUCCAAUCCCCUGCAGAUCAACACAGCAUCAACACUUCUGUAAACUGCUCACAAAUUCACCAUUCUUACUGAGAAUCUCAAAAUUCCAUCUCCUGCAGAACAUCUCACCACAUUACCCCACAUCCAGCCAAGUACCCCACAAACAGCCAUGUACCCCACAUCCAGCCAAGUACCCCACAUCCAGCCAUGUACCCCACAUACAGCCAGGUACCCCACAUUAAGCCAGGUACCCCACAUUAAGCCAUGUACCCCACAAACAGCCCCCUACAGAGCGUGUUGAUUUUAUCAAAGUAUUCAUAUUAUCUCAUUCCAUUCACUAGACUCUCAUGUUCAUUUCUUCAUAUUUCAACAUAUUUCCGUGUUAUUGUUGAUAUUAUUAUUGUUAUUAUAUGUAUUAUUAUUAUUAAUAUUAUUAUUAUUUAUGUCAUUAUUAUUGCGAUUAUAUGUAUUAUUAUUAUUAAUAUUAUAAUUAGUGUUAUUAUAAUUCCUAUAAGUAUCUUCAUAUUGUGUCUUCCAGCUUCUUUCGGUUUAGUUUUAUGUGUUUUAUUUGCACACCCCUCCCAGGUUUUGACAAUAAUAUCUAGAUGUUUGUACCCCUGGCAGUUAUUCAAUCUCUAUACAGUAUCUGGCUGCAUCACACUCUGUGUUUAUACAUUAGGCUGCAGAGCAUCCCAGUGCAGCCUGAAUUCCUACUCACCUUGCAGAGCAUCCCAGUGCAGCCUGCAUCUCCUACUCACCUUGCAGAGCAUCUCAUUGCAGCCUGAAUUCCUACUCACCUUGCAGAGCAUCCCAGUGCAGCCUGCAUCUCCUACUCACCUUGCAGGGCAUCCCAGUGCAGCCUGCAUCUCCUACUCACCUUGCAGGGCAUCCCAGUGCAGCCUGCAUUCCUACUCACCUUGCAGAGCAUCCCAGUGCAGCCUGAAUCUCCUACUCAAUUCUCAGAGCAUCCCAUUGCAAACUGAAUUCCUACUCACCUUGCAGAGCAUCUCAGCGCAACCUGCAUCUUUAACCCAAAGUGCAGAUCAUUUCAAUGGAACCCUAUCUCCUACUCACUCUGCAGAGCAUCUCAGUAUAACCUAUCUCCCAAUUCUCUUGUAGAGAAUCUCAAUGUACCCCAUCUCCUACUUACCUUGCAAAGACUCUCAAUGUUGCUCAUAAUACUCCACCCUUGGGGCAAGUAGUCACCCUAUUCCCCCUUAUAGAGCAUCCUAGUGUCCAUAUAUAUGUACACCCUGCAGAUCAUUUCAAGCUGGCCGAAUACACUGUCGUAAAAUGCCAGUUUCUCUGCAGUCUGGAGUUAAAUCCCCUGAAAUGAAAUCCUACCACUCUGCAACCCCUUACAUGUAUCUGGUUUAAUGAUUGCAUUAACAUUGCAGAGCAUUCCAGUCUGUUUUUCAGAUGACGUGACUCUGCAGAGCAUGUCCUGGCAGAGCUUCUAUACUCUGUCUCAGUGCAACACUAUUAUAUCACCUUGCAGAGCAUCUGAACACACCACCCAAAUCCACCGCAGAGCAUCUCAGCAGUCACCCACCUCACAUUACUGCCUGUAGAUUGGAUUCUAUAUAUAUAUAUUCUUACUGUUUCCUAGAGAUAAAAAUGUCAUGCAAGAAAUUAUCUUUUUCUUCAUUUAAAAACAAAAAAAAAUCCCCAAAAGUGUAGCAAUCGCCAUAGAAACUACUGAAAUGUCACAGUGUUUUUUGAUUGCUCCACUUUUUGACCACAUACAGGGCUCUUUGUGGCUGAUGAUGCACAGGUUUAGAAUGUAUCAGUCAUUCAUUUGGAUUUAUUAAAUCGACACAUUUACUUACAUUACGCUUAUAUAAGAAGUGCAAUACCAGACUCAAUCAUUUGUGUGUUUGUUCAAUGUUUGUAAACUACAAUAUGCCCUUGAUGGGGCAUAUUCUGAUUUCUACCUGGUGAAUUGUAAAUUUUUUUUUUUUUUUUUUUACUAUCUCCAUCAAAAACUCUGAAAACAGAUAAAAUAAAAAUCAACUAUAAACAAUCUACAGUAAGCCAGCUCUUUGGUGCAGAAGUAGCAUGAGAAACAAAUAAUAGUAUGUUUUAUUGUAAAACAAUAAAAAAUAGCAAAUAGGGCUUAUUCACUAAACACAACUCUAGUUAAAAAAACAAACAAAAUGAAAUGAACUAAAAUAGCAAAUUUGGGACAUGAGAUGAGCUGGAGAGUUUUUUUUUUCAAACCAGCAUUUUUUUGCCUAAAUGUUAGCAUUCUGUUUAAAAUUCACCAACAUUCACUGUUUAUUUAAAAAAUAAUAAUAAUAAAAUGGGUCUUGGGUCAUAAACAACAGACACAGUUCUUUUUCCAACAUGAGGAAAGCUUUAUUUAGCAAGCCGGCCUUAAUUUAGCCACAGCAAAACAUUGAACAAAAAUAAAAUCCUACUCCACACUGGAGACUAACUAAUAUAGAGUACCCUGUCCAUGCUACUGGGCAGCUAAGCUGACUCCAGUAGUUUAACAAAUAAAAUAAAAGGCUUGCAAAAUACCUUUACUUUCCAUACAGUUUCAACAGUCUCUUUGACUCACAGUCUCUCAUUUCCACAGUCCUACAGUCCCACAGUCUCUCAGUGCCUCAGUCUCUCAGUCUCACAGUCUCUCAGUCCCUCAGUCUCACAGUCUCUCAGUCCCUCAGUUUCCACCCUAGCUCUUCACAGGAGAGACUGAUUCCUCUGUGCAUAUUGUUUAUGUAGCUCCCUAAUUGGUGUACUAGAGCAGGCAUAGGCAACCUUCGGCACAGAAGAUGUUUUGGACUACACCACCCAUGAUGCUUUGCCAGCAUUAUGUGUGUAAGAGCAUUAUGGGGGAUGUAGUCCACAACAUGUGGAGUGCCGAAGGUUGCCUAUCCCUGUAUUAGAGCAACCUGAUUUUUAACCCCCUCUAGUCAGGGAACACUGAAAGUGCCAUUCUGGGGCUAAUAUAGCAGUGUUCCCUCACACUGCCACAAAAUAAUUAAUUAAUAAAUAUAUAAAUGAUAAUAUGAUAAAAUAAAUAAUUUCUCUAUUUUGUAGCAGGAAUAUAUUUAAUUGUUUUAUUCUAUAUUAUUUUCUGUCUCAGCAUUGUAAUGGCAAACAUCAAACACAUAAACAAACAAUAAAAACAAACAACCGAUCAUGCACAAUGAUUAAUCAAAUAUCUCCAUUUGCUGCAUGGACAAAACAUUGGUUAUUAUUAAUGGCGUUAUUAAAACUGUUAAUUUUUUAUAUCGCUAUUGCGAUUUACUAUUUUAUUUUGUGCUUAUCGUUUUAUUUGAUCUCAGUUUUUCAGCCGCAUUUUUAACUCCAUUAUCUUCACAUUUUGUUUUUAUGAGCAUUUUGUCUGUUUAUUUUUUUUAGAAACCAGGAUGUCCUUGUUAAUUAGGCACAGAUACAGUUAUUUGCUCUCCUUUUGUAAUUGUUGGAUAGUUCUUUCAUGCUGUAGUCUAACCAUUAGUAGUCGAUCUUAAACCUACCUUCCAUAGAUCCUCUAACACCAAGCAUUAUGUACUACUUCCUCUAUCUGUGUAAUUGGAUCCUUCUUCCUGGUUCCCACUUCCCUUUCCUUGUCACUUCUUUACUACAUCCUCUUAUUACUUCCUUUAAUUUCAAUCCCUCUUCACUGAGUUCCAUUUCUACCACCCCACCCCAUAGCCAUGAGUGCUUAUUGUGUUUCCACCAAGAUAUUGCCUAUACAAUUAAUUCCUAACUGCAAAGCAUCCUGGGAAAUGUAGUCCACAAGCAUCUGCAGUGCCAGCGUUAGCCAUCACAUGUACGCUUUAUUCUUAUACAUUGUUACGGAAUCUUUUCUUUACCAAGUGACGCUUGCAUCUUCUUUUCAGAAACAAAUAACCAUUGCAUAAGAAGUUAUUGUCACUAACAUAUUUUUUUUCUACUAAAUUCCAUAAACAUCAUAUAUUAAUGAUUUCUGGAGAACCAACAAAGACCUGUCUAAGUCAGACAAUGGGGUACACAUGCUGCAGGCAACAAUCACUACUCUAGUAAACCGUAAAACCAGCCAGUAUUAUGACCAGUAUUAUAGGGUCAUUUAUAAAAACAAUAAUAAAAAACAUUUGUUGCCUAUGAAAGUCUUGCUAUCAGAUUUAAUAGAUGCCAUUUAUAAAGAAUUAGGCGCCUUUAACGCAGAUAUAUAUAUAUAUAUAUAUAUACAAGGAUUUAAUACACAAUUAAAUAUUGGUUACAAUAAAAUAAAACAUACAUUUUUAUUUUGAUUAAAUAGACUGUUGUGCAUGUUUUGAUACCCGCUACAUGUUUUGCACAUAUGUGGGUCUCUGAUAUGAUUACGAGUUAUUAUUACAUUUAUUUUUUGUAAUGUAUGUUAUAAAACAUUAGCAUAUUAUACAGUGAAAAUAUUUUAAUCCCAAUGAAAAUAAUUUGUAUACAUUAGCGCGUUCGAGCAGGGCCAUCAUCAACCUAUUGUUCCUCGUAGUAGUAUGACUCCUUUGUUGUUAAAUUGCCCACCCACUCCUUAUAAUAAUUUAAAAGACUGCAGAAUAAGUUGGCGCUAUGUAAAUGCCAAUAAUAAUAAGAUAUUAUCGGGUGUUAUUCUUGCAAGUUCUAAGCAGGGAGUGUUGACUCGAAAGCAGUAAUGGGUGAAGCCAAAGGAGAUUUGAAAUGCAUUAACUGUUACCCUGCCACUCAUUGUAAGGAACUUCUCAUUGGGAGAAACAGAACUCUCUGGGUUUUCUAAAUUCCUGUAUUUAUAGUAGCUCCUCCCCCUCCCCUCUCCCCCCAUGGGUUGUUUUUUAAAAAAAAUCUAACAUACGGGGAAGCCUUGUUUUUACUAUAAAUGUGCAUUAUAUACACUUCAUAAAAGUGUCAAAAUUUUACCCUUGAUGAAAAAAUUAGGCACAUCUCAUAUCAUCAGGGUCUUGGCACGUAUUGAGUCGAGACAACGUUGAAAGUGUGAUAAAUAUUGGGUAGAAAUUUCCAGAUGCAUAAUAUGAAACAGAACAAAAUAUAUAUUUGCAAUAUCACCAUAUAUUUACAUACGCCGUGCACUGCUUACACUAACACAGAGUUAUCAUGACUGUUAAUAUUAAAAGGUUAAAAUACAUUAGAUUAUUUUUCAGUGUAUUUUUAUUUAUAAACCUGUGAUUCUUUUUUCGGCUUAUUUUAAAUGUCUAUUUCAUUUAUUAACUAAAUACCGAAUUGCAAAUUUAAAACAAAAAUUUCUGCUUUGGAAAAAUUCCCAAUUUUUAAUUCACUACAAUUCAUUGUUUUACAGUGGCUUCUUCGCAGACCCAGACACCUAUUCCAUGUACAACAAUAAUUCCAGAGUCAAAAGGCGAACGCCGGGUCCUUACGAAGUUGAUGUAACAGAAGGUAAAUAGAAUUACUGUAAUAAAUCUGCUGUCGUCAAACAAUCUGGGCAGUAAUGACCCACCCGGCACCAUAGAUGUUUGGGAACUGCACUUCACACUAUGUACAGUCAGUCUAACAGGGAUAUUGACCAAAGUAAGAAGUCUAAGUGAAUUUAAGGUGAAUUUCAAAUUUAAAGCUAGAGUAGUCCACCUGAAAGAGUUAGACAAUUUUUGUUAUCCAUUUUGACUGUUUUAGCCUUAAAUUAAAAAUUCACUUUGAAUUGACUUUGAAUUCUCACUUUCAUAAAUAACUCUGUAAGUAUUCACACACAUCAGAUUGUGUUUCAUGGUAAUAAUGUACGCUUUAUUUUAAAUACAGGAGGCAUGGCUAGCGAACAAAAUAAGGACAAAACAACUAUUUUGUGUAUAGAUUGCUGUUCAGGGACAACACAAAAUUCAGGUAUAUAUACAGCAUAUUUUUUUUUUCAUUUAUUCAUUCAUCCAUUGUAGAAAUAUUGGGGGAUGUAUAACAUUGCACUAAUUAUACAAUAUUUAAUAUGUUGAAAUCCUCCAUAAAACUAUAAAGACUCCUGUAAUUUAUAUAAUUUUUGGGGGGACAUGCAUUACUUCUGACAUUGCAAUAUUUUGUUGUGAAACACUCAAAUAUGUCUAAUCACGGGUAUUUGUAUGGAAUCCACACAUACCCUUGACGAUGUCUGCAGUUAUAAAUAAAUAAUAACAUAUCAAUUGUCUCUAUAAAAUCAGUCGUACCUGCAUAUGAAAUUGAAAUGCUGUUGCAACUUGCAGUGUGCAGGCUUGUUUUCACAGAGUUGUCUACUUCAUCCAUGACGUUUGCAAUUCUAAAUCACUCUGCAACACUACAGUAUGGGAGUGGGAGAAGACAUCAUAUGCAGUCUCUCUGCAUGAGGCAGAGAGAUUGUUGUAGCGAUGGGCAUAAUUUUUAUGUGACAGGAAGAGGAACAAUGUAAGGGCAUUGAGGAAUUCAAUAGUCUUUAUUUCAUUAGGUUUGUCAUAAUCUAAGUCAGUAUAGUCACGUGGGAUUGGGGUUGGCUGCAGACUUCUGCUACCUGUGCAUAUAUGGUAAUUUAGGGGAUACAUAGGAACAUUAUAUAUAUAUAUAAAAAAAAGCUUAAUUUGCACACAUUGCCUUAUGUUGAAUAAAAGAACGCCAAUGUUCAGUGACUAAUAAGUGACAAAUUACAUCAUUUUCACACUAUGUUUUUAGAUAUCUAAUGACUGAUGUUACUCAUGCAAUUAGGAAUGGUCCAUUUUUAAACUACCGGUCACUGUGACUCAUGUCAGUUUAACUGUAUUCCCUUAAAGGGACAGUUUAUCUUAAUUUAGUGCAUAGAUCCUAUUGCCACAGUCUGACAAAUGUAAGCAUUUCUGUUUGCAAGAAAUGGCAGUGUUUCCAUUUGUCAGUCAGGAUGCCGCCAAUAGCUGUCAAUCAUACAAUCAGUCAGUCAGUCAGUCAGUCAGACAGCCAAUAGAGGCACUUCCUUGUAAAAAAAUUCACUCUAUCACUUUCACUUCUUCUGAUAGAGAAGCACUGAAUUCAAUGCUUCUUUUAUAUUGCCUGGCUGAGCGCAGUGAUUGCUGCGCAUGCACCAUGGAACCCCAAUACUUGUCUAUGAGACUGAGACCAGUCGGCGAUGGAUAAUAGGCGAGUUUAAGUAAUGAUUUAAACAGAGGAGGGCUGCCAUGUUAUCAAUGGGGUAGCAAUGUAAUCAUGAUUUAAAAUUGUGCAUGACGUCAUCAUGUCAGGCAGGCAAUACGUUUUCUCUUUGCAUCCAUUAGAUAUAUGAUUGUUAAACUUUGGGAAUGAUAGUGCUUCCCCAUUGAACUUGUGAUAUCAGCAGAGCAGGAUUAACUAUAAGGCAGACCUAGGUGGUUGCCUAAAACCAUGAAUUUGCUUGCACCCAUUUACCAUCACUGUGUGAGGAAUAAAUUGGAAGGCACAAACUGGUAUCCUGUAGUAUUAACUAGAAGGCAACUCUAGGUGGCUGCCUAGGGCCCAGGGGAUUAAUUUGCUUGAAAACCAUUAACCAUCCCUAUGUGAAGAAUUAAUAAUGUGGAGCCCAAACUGGUAAACUUCCUAAGGCCCUGUGGGAUCUUAAUCUUUCUAUUGAUGUCAGGAGGGGGUCAGUUCCACUGUGUUUGAUUUUGAAGCACUCUAUAAAAAAAGAAAAAAGAAAAUUAUUGAUAAAUGGAAAAAGUCUGUGUUUGCCACAUCUUUAUUAAAAAUGCAUGUAAUUGAAAUAGAAAGUAUUUAAUUGACUGUGCAAAGCACUCAAGACAGUGAUCUGUGCAGAGCACUCGAGACAGUGAACUUAACUAUAUAAAUAUUAAAUAGCUCAAUGUCUUUCAAGCUGUAAAAUUAACCUUCUAUAGAUUUGUUAUUGGUAGACGUAAAAUUUUAAUGUUAGGUCCUUAUUCUUGGCAGGUCCCCACACCAAAGUUGUUCGUCGUAUCUUCACAAACAGCCGGGAGAGGUGGAGGCAACAAAAUGUGAAUGGAGCUUUCGCUGAGCUGCGCAAGUUGAUCCCAACACAUCCCCCAGAUAAAAAACUCAGCAAAAAUGAAAUUCUUCGCCUGGCCAUGAAAUACAUCAACUUUUUGGCCAAGCUUCUCGAUGACCAAGAAGAAGAAGGUAACCAGAGAACCAAGAUGAACAAAGAUAAUGGAAUGAUACAACAAGAUCUUCUACAGGAUAUGUUGUCACCAAACUCCAGCUGUGGAAGUACUUUGGAUGGUGCACCAAGCCCCGACAGCUUCUCAGAGGACCAUGACACACUGGACUCCAAACAUAAUCGGAAUCUUCAACAGUCCAUGCUCCCAGUAGAAAACAGUGGACAACGAUGACUAACUUCUCCAACUGGGUACUGACUGUAACCCCUAGGAUUUGGACCUUUAUCCCAGAUUGGUGUUGGUACACAUUUGGGUUGGUAUGAAGAUGUGUAUCCCAGAGGUACUUUAUUUGAAACAAAGAGGAACUCUUGUUUGUACUAACAAAACUGUUUUGUGCAAAAGAACUUGUACAAGAAUAUUUUUUUUUAUUCUUCCUCUUGAUUGAUUUAGGUAUAUUAUUAUGUCCUAAGUAUGUCCCAGUUUUAGGAGGGCUUGUAGCAAUUUGUUAGCUAAAUACUUUAUGGGGACCAACACCACUAAGAGCACCAAACUAAAUAAUGUAAUAUAUAUAUAUAUAUAAUGCACAUACAUACCUAUAAAUCUUUGGAAAAAAAGCCUCAGGUGGAAUUUAAAAACCUGCGGGAACAAACAAUGGAUAAUAUUUUUAUUUGGUACCUGUUGAAAUGAAGGUACAUUAUACAUACAUUUGUAUCAGAUUGGUGAAGUACACAUCCGUAUUAUUUAUAAAAGAGCUUCAGUUUGUCAUGUCGACCACUUGCAACAAGGACUUUCAAUUUCAAUGCUUUUUAGUAAGUAAGGCGGUGUUUUGUUUUGCCAUAGAAUACUAAAGUUAUACAUGUAUUAUGUAUAGAGUGGAAAUGUAUUUGUAAUUUUCUGUUUUAUUUUUUAUUUUUUUAUUUUAUACAGCAAAGCCCCUGCUAUUGUCCUAUUGGCCAAUCUCUGAUCUUGCACUUGUUAAAAUGAAUGAUGUUUGAUUCAGCAAUGUUACUUGUUAAGAUUUGGAUACUUAUGCUGGCCACAGAGGUUGGUUAGCUUGUACAAAAUUACAAAAACACUGUUGAAUUUGUGGUUGGAUUCAGACAAUAAUAUAGUCUUGAACAUUGUGUCAAGGAAUUGCAACCAUGGGAAGACUUAUUCAGAAGUAAGAAGUUGGAGAGUGGACCUUCUAAGAUUGUUGCAUGGACCUUUGUAAAUUAACUCAUCAAACACAAUUGCAAACUGGAAUGUCACUCUCCAGCUUUUAACCACUUCAUAAGUCCAUCGAGAACCAUCUAGUGCUCUGGCAGUCUAGGAUCGAGGAAACAACAGCUUCUACAUUCAUGGACACUUUGUACAUUUAAAAAAAAAUUAUAAUUCCCCUUACCCUUGCACCAUCCUUUGGUGUCAACCUCCAAAUCCGAUCCCAGGUGCUCUUAUUUUUUAAAUUUAUUUAUAUUUGGAGGCGCUGCACACAUAUUUUUAGUGGCAAAUAUUCCUAGUGACAUGGUUGAGGGAAGACUGAAUGUUUUAGUCUACCGUAGCUUCAUUCAUAGUCAAUGGCCAUCUGCAAGCAUGCCAUAAAUUUAAACAGUUCUGUGACACUAGUGUUGGCAGAUCAGCUGACGGGUCAGGGAUACUUAUAAAGUGAUGCAUACAGCAGGGUUUUAAUUUAACCAAUACAUUGCUGAAAAAAUAUAUUGCCCAUAAGUGUUGCUUAUAUCAAAUCAUGAAUUGGCCAUGUUCAUUUUAACCCAUAGUAAAUUUAUUGGCUUCAAUACAUGGGUCAUUGUAAUGUUUGGUCAUUCAGGAAUUCCUGCCUGUUAUGUGUCCAAUAUGUUUAUUCAUAAAUGUGCAUUUUUGGAGAAAGGGAACUUCAACAUUUUAGGCUAAUUGAAUCAUCCCCCAGCUUAGUUCUUUUUAAGUUCUGCUAUGUUGCUCUAAAGUUUGCAAUUCCAUUUGUAAUUCUUCAAAGGUCCCUAUUUAGUGAAUUAAAAAAUUUGCCUCUAAAAUAAUUCUCAGCUCCUACUGACAGAGUUUUUUUCCCCCCAUCAGCUUAAAUUUUUAAAUUCACCUCAGUGAUUAGUAAAUAGACUUCUCACAAAGGACCAAAUUAGUUAAUAAUUUCUCGAUCUUGAAUUUGCUCACAUUAACCAAAUCCCACAAAUGAUAACUAGACCAGUCCAGAAUGAAACAUGACAUCAUGACUUCAGGAUCCUUUGCAAUUUCUAAAUAUCCAGCUGCUAUCAUUUUUUUUUAAUUUAAUUUCUUUUAAUUCCGAACCAUCCCUACUGUCAUAUACUGACAACAGAAACAGCAUCAAUUUGGGUCCUCAAGACUUGAUUUCAAAUCUGUUUCUGCGAUAUAAGGUACAGCACAUUGACCUUCGUGCAGUUCUGAAAUAAUUUUUGGAAAUGCAAAUGAUCAGAGAUUUUUCCAACUGAGCUCCCUCUUCCUUGGAAAGGUACAUCGAUUUUAAAUCACUCUCCUCUUUUUCGCUUGCGCUAAAUCUUGAUGUAAAUGACUGCACUUUCCGUUAUUGUUGUACUGUUAGAGUUAAGUGUUGAAUUUGAUUUCUGCAUUUUCUGCAGAAUUUAAGUAACCAGGCCUGGUACCCAUAACUCUCCUCGUGCCCUUUCAGCAGAGGAAGAGUUAACAUUGUAAAGCCAUUUAGGCGAUAGAUUCAAUGUGCGACUUAGAAAACGCCUUUUGUUUUAUUAUAUUUGAGAAAAUUCCUAAAUAAAAGUUCUACAAAGUAUGUUAUUCCUCUGUGGACGUAUAUUUCGACCAGUCAUGUUCUGCUUGUCAUUGAGUGUGAAUGGGAUGAAAAACUGUAUCAAUUUAUCAAUUAAAUAUUUUUUUUAAAUCACCUGCGCUCUGUCUCUGAUUAAUGUACAGCAAUGUUAUAUUACUGAUAAG